GCAUAGCCAGCUCCCCUUGGUGCAGGUCACCAUCUCUCGCUCUCUGCGAGGUUGCCACCCCAACAGGGUUAAACUUCCCAGUGUGUCUUGGCUGCGUUUGUCAGUAGGCAGUAUAAAGAGGAAGGGGUUCGUAACGGGGUGAUGGACCCCCUGAUGUCCCCGGCCGUAGUGUCGUGUGGGGUGACCCCGUUCAACCCCGCAAGUCGUCCACGCUUUUGUGUGCGCUAUGGAGCGCGCUGCAGGUCCGCUCGGUGAUGCUUUCUCGGGCCGGGUUCUCGAAAGCAACGUCCCCCGGGCCUUGCUAGACUGGGACGAGCAGGACCGUGGUCCUUCCGAGCUGCCGAGGGAUGGUGCCGCGCUUCCCUGUGCGGUGACUGAGCUGCCGGCGUGCCCAGGGGACGCGUGCCCGUCUGCCACCCCCCGCCUGGAGGAGCUGUGCGCCCUCGGGGUCCGCCCCGAACGUGCCAGCUCUGCGCUCGCGGCUCCUGGACAGCCCCGGGACUCUGCCAGGUGGAUGUUGUGCGUAGCCGGAGCCAAGUUGAAGAGAGAACUCGAUGCCACCGCAACAGUAUUGGCGAACCGGCAAGAUGAGAGCGAACAAUCUAGAAAGAGACUUAUUGAGCAGAGCCGAGAAUUCAAGAAGAACACUCCAGAGGAUUUGCGCAAGCAGGUAGCACCGCUGCUGAAGAGCUUCCAGGGAGAGAUUGACGCGCUGAGUAAACGAAGCAAAGAAGCCGAGGCAGCCUUCUUGAACGUCUACAAGAGACUAAUCGAUGUUCCAGAUCCCGUGCCAGCCCUAGACCUCGGGCAACAGCUGGAAAUCAAAGUGCAGCGUCUACACGACAUCGAAACAGAAAACCAGAAACUUAGGGAAACAUUAGAAGAAUACAACAAGGAGUUUGCUGAAGUAAAAAAUCAAGAGGUUACGAUCAAAGCACUUAAGGAGAAAAUCCGAGAAUACGAGCAGACCCUGAAGAGCCAGGCUGAGACUAUUGCUCUGGAGAAGGAACAGAAGUUGCAAAAUGAUUUUGCAGAGAAGGAGAGAAAGCUGCAAGAGACACAGAUGUCCACCGCCUCAAAGCUCGAGGAAGCCGAGCAUAAGCUCCGGACUCUGCAAACAGCCCUGGAAAAAACUCGAACAGAAUUAUUUGACCUGAAAACCAAAUAUGAUGAAGAAACUACUGCAAAGGCCGACGAGAUCGAAAUGAUCAUGACUGACCUAGAACGAGCCAACCAGAGGGCAGAGGUGGCGCAGAGAGAGGCGGAGACUCUAAGGGAACAGCUUUCAUCGGCCAACCACUCUCUCCAGCUGGCCUCACAGAUCCAGAAGGCACCGGAUGUGGAGCAGGCCAUAGAGGUGCUGACCCGCUCCAGCCUCGAAGUCGAAUUGGCCGCCAAGGAGCGCGAGAACUCGGCCAGCCAGAUCUCGCAGCUGGAGCAGCAGCUGAGCGCCAAGAACAGCACGCUCAAGCAACUGGAAGAGAAGCUCAAAGGCCAGGCUGACUAUGAAGAGGUGAAGAAAGAGCUGAAUAUCCUGAAGUCCAUGGAGUUUGCACCAUCAGAAGGAGCGGGGACACAGGACUCAGCCAAGCCUCUGGAGGUUUUGCUCCUGGAGAAGAACCGCUCCCUGCAGUCUGAGAACGCAGCGCUCCGCAUCUCCAACAGCGACCUGAGCGGGUCAGCCAGGAGAAAAGGGAGAGAACAGCCUGAGAGUCGGCGCCCUGGACCCUUGCCGGCCUCCCCUCCUCCUCAGUUGCCCCGCAACACAGGGGAACAGGUUUCCAAUACUAACGGUACACACCACUUCUCACCAGCGGGGUUAAAUCAAGACUUUUACAGCUCAUCCCUGACCAGCCCCAGCCUACCCCUGGCUUCUACGGGAAAGUUUGCACUAAACUCUCUUCUCCAGCGACAGCUAAUACAGUCCUUCUACUCCAAGGCCAUGCAGGAAGCCGGAAGCACAAGCACGAUUUUUUCAACAGGUCCUUACAGCACAAACUCCAUAUCUUCCCCAAGUCCAUUACAACCAAGCCCAGAUGUAAAUGGCAUGGCCCCAUCCCCCAGCCAGUCAGAAAGUGCUGGGAGCGCCUCGGAGGGCGAGGAGAUCGACACCGCGGAAAUCGCCCGGCAGGUCAAAGAGCAACUCAUCAAGCACAACAUCGGACAGCGCAUCUUUGGACAUUACGUCUUGGGACUGUCACAGGGGUCCGUGAGCGAGAUUCUGGCCCGGCCGAAGCCCUGGAAUAAGUUGACUGUCCGCGGCAAGGAGCCGUUCCACAAGAUGAAGCAGUUCUUAUCUGACGAGCAGAACAUCUUGGCCCUUCGCAGCAUCCAAGGCAGACAAAGAGAGAAUCCAGGCCAGAGCCUGAACAGACUCUUUCAGGAAGUACCGAAACGAAGAAAUGGGUCUGAAGGUAACAUCACCACCCGGAUCCGAGCCUCUGAGACUGGUUCUGAUGAAGCCAUCAAGUCCAUCCUGGAACAGGCCAAAAGAGAACUCCAAGUGCAGAAAACCGCCGAGCCAGUCCAGCCAUCUUCGGCAUCCGGUAGCGGGAACUCCGACGAUGCCAUCCGCUCCAUCCUGCAGCAGGCCCGCCGGGAAAUGGAGGCCCAGCAGGCCGCCCUGGACCCUGCCUUAAAGCCAGCACCACUCCCCCAGCCUGACCUCGCCCUCCUCACGCCCAAGCUCCUCUCUGCCUCGCCCAUGCCUACCGUGACCACCUACUCCCCUCUUGCCAUCUCCCUGAAGAAAACCCCCGCCGCCCCCGAGGCCGGCCCCUCAGCUCUGCCCAGCGCCCCAGCACUCAAAAAGGAGGCUCAGGAUGUACCCGGGCUGGACGCGCAGGGAGCAGCCGAUGCUGCCCAGGGGGUCCUGAGGCAGGUGAAGAGCGAGCUGGGCCGCGGAAGCGCGUGGAAAGACCCCUGGUGGAGCCCCAUCCAGCCUGACAAGAGAAACCUCACCUCUUCUGAGGAGACCAAGGCUGAGGACGCCACUGCCAGUGGGAAAGAAAAGGCAGGUGGCAGCCAAGCUCGGGCCACCGAGCGCAGCCAGCAUCAGGGACCCUCGUCGUCGUCAUCAGAGUAUUGGAAAGAGUGGCCCAGCGCCGAGUCACCCUAUUCCCAGAGCUCAGAACUGAGCCUCACCGGAGCCAGCCGCAGCGAGACGCCGCAGAGCAGCCCUCUGCCUUCCUCCCCGAUCGUGCCCAUGACAAAGCCCUCCAAGCCCUCCGUUCCCCCGCUGACCCCUGAGCAAUACGAGGUCUACAUGUACCAGGAAGUGGACACCAUAGAGCUCACUCGGCAGGUCAAAGAGAAGCUGGCCAAGAACGGGAUCUGCCAGAGGAUCUUUGGGGAGAAGGUGCUGGGCCUCUCCCAAGGCAGCGUCAGCGACAUGCUGUCCCGGCCAAAACCAUGGAGCAAGCUGACCCAGAAAGGCCGGGAGCCCUUCAUCCGCAUGCAGCUCUGGCUGAACGGCGAGCUGGGCCAGGGCGUGCUGCCCGUGCAGGGGCAGCAACAAGGGCCAGUCCUCCACUCGGUGACGUCACUGCAGGACCCCCUCCAGCAGGGCUGUGUGAGCUCAGAAAGCACUCCAAAGACCUCCGCCAGCUGCAGCCCCGCCCCCGAGUCCCCCAUGAGCUCCAGCGAAUCCGUGAAGAGUUUAACCGAGCUGGUCCAGCAGCCCUGCCCCGCCAUUGAGGCCAGUAAGGAAGGCAAACCUCCAGAACCCAGUGACCCGCCUGCUUCGGACUCCCAGCCCACAACGCCACUGCCUCUCUCCGGACACUCGGCCCUCAGCAUCCAAGAAUUAGUAGCCAUGUCACCAGAGCUGGACACCUACGGCAUAACCAAGAGGGUCAAGGAGGUGCUGACGGACAAUAAUCUUGGUCAGCGCUUGUUUGGAGAGACCAUCCUGGGGCUCACCCAAGGCUCCGUCUCUGACCUCCUUGCCCGCCCGAAGCCCUGGCAUAAGCUCAGUCUGAAGGGACGAGAGCCCUUUGUCCGCAUGCAGCUGUGGUUGAAUGAUCCCAACAAUGUGGAGAAGCUGAUGGACAUGAAGCGGAUGGAAAAGAAAGCCUACAUGAAGCGAAGGCACAGCUCCGUCAGCGACAGCCAGCCCUGCGAGCCCCCCUCUGUGGGCAUCGACUACAGCCAGGGUGCCAGUCCCCAGCCACAGCACCAGCUGAAGAAGCCCCGUGUGGUGCUGGCUCCUGAGGAGAAGGAAGCUCUGAAGCGAGCGUACCAGCAAAAGCCAUACCCGUCACCAAAAACCAUCGAGGAGCUGGCCACUCAGCUCAACUUGAAGACCAGCACCGUCAUCAACUGGUUCCACAACUACAGGUCCCGGAUCCGCAGAGAACUGUUCAUUGAGGAGAUUCAGGCAGGGAGCCAGGGCCAGGCCGGCGCCAGCGACUCGCCAUCGGCCCGAAGCGGCCGCGCCGCGCCCAGCUCGGAGGGCGACAGCUGCGACGGCGUGGAGGCCGCCGACGCCGCCGACGAGCCCAGCGCGCCCGCGGCCGCCGCCACCAAGUCUCAGGGAGGGCCGGCCGAGGCGGCCCCGGCCCCGGCCCCGGCCCCGGCCGAGCGCGAGGAGGCGCCGCGGCCGGCCGAGAAGACCCAGCCGCCGCCCUCGGGGACGCCGGGCCCGGACGACGCCGACGACGACGCGGGCCGGCCCAGGCCGCCGCCGCCGCCGCCGCCGCCGCCGCCGCCCUCCGAGGUCCCCGCCGACGGCCCGGCGCCCGUGCCAAACCCCGCCGCGGCCCCCGCGGCCGGGGAGGACGCCGCUACCUCAGCCGCCGACGGCGCCGCCGCCCGGAGCGCCGCGUUGCCAAGCACCAGCGCGCCCGCCGCCGCCGCCGCCGCCGCCGCCGCCGCCGCGCCCGCGCGCAGGCCCAGCUCGCUGCAGAGCCUCUUCGGGCUGCCCGAGGCGGCGGGCGCGCGGGACUCGCGAGACAACCCCGUGCGGAAGAAGAAGGCGGCGAACUUGAACAGCAUCAUCCACCGCCUGGAGAAGGCCGCCAGCCGGGAGGAGCCCAUUGAAUGGGAGUUCUGAGGGCGCCGGG